AUGCGUCUCCUAUCAUCCAAAACCCUGAUCCAGGCACAUGCCCUGUUCCUCUUCAUCCUGGCGAUAUACCUCACAAAGUCGCCGGAAGUGAUCACCGACUCCGAUGUCGUCUUCAUGCUCGGAGAGACGCUCCGCAUCGACGCAGCCCCCGGCCUCUCCCGUCCCCAGUCCCCCUUCGCCCUCUGCGGAAUCCUCCUCGUCGCCGACGCGCUCGUCGACCUCAUCCUCGUGACCAAAGUCCCGCAGCUCAACGAGGUCAUCGCCAUGGCUGAAGCCGCGCGGGCGGCGUCGCCCAUCCCGAUCGGGGGCGCGAUGCGGACAAACCCCUUCCUGGCGCGGUUGGCCUCGCUCUACUCGGAGAUCUGGACGUUGCUCUCGGCCCUGCGGUUCUGUCUUUUCUUUGCGGUGUCCUUCUUCAUCUAUCAGAGUAAGCCGGACGCGUGGGGCUUGGAUGGUGCCGUUCGGGGUGGCUACGGGACGGCGGAGCCGUCGUCUGGUCUGGACCAGCUGAAGAACCGGGUGGUCUUUACGUAUGGCUUUAUGGAGAUGAUGUUCUGGCUUUGGAUCUAUCUUACGCUGCGUGAUGAGCGGCAGGACGCGGUUGCUCGCUUUUCCGACGAGCAGUGA